AUGAAGCGCGACUACACCGUCAAGCAUGUGGCGUCGAAUCGGCACCUGCCCAAGCUCGAGCGUCCCCUGCUGCAGAAGAAGCACUCGGUGCCAUCGAUCUGCCUCACACCGAUCGAAGCCAUGUCGUCCAAGGAGGCGCAGCUAUCAGCUCGCCACGUCUGCCAUCGCACGCCGAGCCACUUUGAAAACAUCGUCAAGUCGAACACGUGGGUGCUCAAGAACGCGCUAGCGUCCGAGUCGGCCCGUCCGAUCCGAGAGCUCCACGUCCGGUUCGCCCGCGCGUAUGCGAGUUACAGGCUCCAGCAGUACGCCAACGCGCUGGCGGAUUUUUCCCACUGCAUCGACAUUGAACCGGCAUGGCAUUUGGCGCAUUAUAACCGAGGCUGCACGUACUACCAAAUCGGGCGGCUGGACGAUGCAAUCCACGACAUUACGAAAGCCAUCAAGUUUGAUCCAAAAAACAAAGUGUACUUGGAAAGCCGAGCUACGCUCUUGCGCGAACGGGGACACUUCAAAGAGGCCAUCGAGGACUACCACCGCAUCGACGCCCUCAUGUUGCGUGGCGAGGACGGAGAUCCCGUCGAUGACAGGGACCGCGCCUCGUCCUUGGCCGCACGGACGACUUUACCGUCGCCCAGAUCGCCUGCCCCGGGCAACCCGCCGUCAUCGUCGCCAUCGAUACCCCCGACGCACCCCCCACCGAUGCAUCGCCGAUAUAGCACGAUGGGGCGCAUCGUGUUGGCUGAAGACGGGCUGCAUCCUUCGCUCGCGUCACUGCUGCAGCUGCCUCGCGACGAACGGACGACCGUUGACGUUGUCAACGCCCUUCCCGUCGCGAAAUCGUGGAGAUUCUUUCAGCAGCAGCCCGAGAGCGUCAUCGUGGCGUUUUUGAUGGCCGCGAACAUCGAGAGCUUUGCUCCACGCAGCGCCAUCUUUCGCCAAGGGGACGAAGCGGACACGUGUUACAUUCUACUGACGGGCAGCGUCGCCGUGAGCGUCGAAAUGUUUGAGAAUGGCACGAUCGCGUCGAAAAAAGUGUGCACGUUGCUCCCUGGCGAUGGAUUUGGCGAGCCAAGAGACAUACCAGGACCCCGACGCGCCACAGUCAUGGCGUUGAGUAAAGUGCACUGCCUUGCCGUGCGCCAUGCAUUGUAUCAACACGCCAUGCGCGAUCACAUGAAAUCCGUAUACGAAGACAAGUGCCAGAUUCUCCGACAGUGCCGCGUGUUUGAAUCGUGUUCGUCGGACGUGGUCGCGCGCCUGGCACAACUCUCUAGUGUUCUCCUCUUUGAGCCAUUUCGAACGAUUCUCAAAGCUGGCGAACUCGUCGACAAGUUGUUUGUGAUCAAGCGAGGCGUGUGCCACGUCACGAAAUCGCUCGCGUUGGAUCCAGGCCCCAAAGUGCCCGAGGCCAAGCGACCAAGCACGGUCGCAGGACACAAGAAAAAGCACGACGACGGGUCGUGGGUCGUCGACAACGGAUGGCAGCUCACAAAUCCUCGCUUGCGAAAUGAAUUUCUCGACAUGAGUACCGAGCACGCAACGUCCAGCACCACCGUCAACGUGACUGUGGCAACGUUGACAACCGGGCAGGUCUUCGGCGAGGUGUGCGUGCUCCGUCCAAAUCAGCCGUCAGCGAUCAGCGUCACGUCGGCCACGAUGGUCGAAGUGCUCGAGCUCACCCAAGAAGGGCUUGCUCAAAUCAACCUCAAGUUCAACAGCCGCACGAUGAAUGCCCUGCAAGACUCGUUCCUGUUUCACAACCCGCCGACCCCGAAAAUCGCCCAAUUGUACAAAGAACGCGAGCGGUGGCAGCACGACAAGGCCGACAUUAUUCGAGACGUCGUGCAGCGCGGCAAGCACUCGGGCCUCGUCAAGCGGGGCAUCGAAACCACCGCGCAGCACGACGAGCAGUCGUCGUUUUACCACAACCACUUGUAACCUCGUGGAGCCUGCACACAUGUCUUUGCCUGUCAAACGGCCCUCCCACAACGGCGGCGGCCAUGCCACGCGUGACAUGCACAUUCCAACGCGUGUCGAGUCGGAAUCAUGCGUCCCGCAUCAAGAGGUUGAAUCCAACACAGCGCGUGAGAAAAGUAUUUAGACUUGAACGGCGCCACAGGCUCGGACUUUGACAAACACGUCGAUUUCAUGAAUCAAAGCACGGCGGUGGGUGGGACGGUCGCAUCGUGCGACGGGUUCGUUCGUGGUGGUGCUCCCAGUGAUCUUCGGGGGUCUGCAGCUCGUCGAGAGGAAUCAAGACCACGCGCUUCAUCGACGUCGCUGACACGAGAAUGCACCACGUCAUGAAUGUGAAUGGCCACGAUAGCGCAGGGAGGCCGACGGGUCCAAACGCUCCGAUCGUGGUGCUCAUGAGCAACGUCGACCCAAGAAUGCCCACAGCGACCAACAUGUUGGGGUGGACGCCGUUCGCCAAGACGAAGAAUCCACCCAGCGCGAUCGCACACAACGCGCCAUUAAAUCCAUACAGACCGAGGUAGAUUUGUUCCGGCGGCGCGCCGACCGCCACCGCCAUGAACGUCCCCACUGUGGACCCGACCGCGGCAUAAAACGCCGAGAUCGGCGAGCACAGGGCAAUGCCAACCACCAUGGCCAGCCCGACGUACCACUCGGACGCCAAGCAGCAUUGCGCCACCCCUGUCCAUAAACAUUCGUUAUACACGACCGCAGCGACCAUGAAGUAAGCCAGUCCAAGCGGGAAACAUAUUGCACGUACCCGAUGCCACUGCGACCUGAACUUUGGCCAUGUCGUACGAUCUGGCCGUCGCGACGGCGGCGG